CAUGCGGUGAGCUCCGCCAAUCAGCGCAGCGGAUGCAGCACCGGCAGCCAAUGGGGCGCGGGGGGCGGGGCCCGGCGCCCGCCAUGAUCGAGCAGCAGAAGCGGAAGGUCCCGGGCCCCGGGCCUGGCCCCGGCCCCGUGCCCGGGCCCCCCCCGGCCCCCGCCGCCCCCGGCGCCGCCCCCGCGCCCGGCCCCGACCUCCCGCUAGUCCCGGUGCCCGCCAAGCGGCCCCGCCAUGACCUGCCGGGGGCGCCGGGCACGGGCGGCGCUGCGGGGCAGCCGCCGGCCGGAGCUCUGCUGCAGACGGGCCCCCCGCGCUGCUCCUCGCUGCAGGCCCCCAUCAUGCUGCUGUCAGGACACGAGGGGGAGGUUUAUUGCUGCAAGUUCCAUCCCAAUGGCAACACCCUGGCCUCGGCUGGCUUCGACAGGCUCAUCCUGCUCUGGAACGUCUACGGGGACUGUGACAACUUUGCCACCCUGAAGGGGCACAGCGGGGCUGUCAUGGAGCUGCACUACAACACGGAUGGCAGCAUGCUCUUCUCAGCCUCCACGGACAAAACCGUGGCUGUGUGGGACAGCGAGACGGGCGAGAGGGUGAAGAGGCUCAAGGGCCACACGUCCUUUGUCAACUCCUGCUACCCAGCCCGGAGGGGACCCCAGCUCGUCUGCACCGGCAGCGACGACGGCACCGUCAAGCUGUGGGAUAUCAGGAAAAAAGCUGCUGUGCAGACAUUCCAGAACACUUACCAGGUCCUGGCUGUCACCUUCAAUGACACCAGUGACCAGAUCAUCUCUGGAGGCAUCGACAAUGACAUCAAGGUGUGGGACCUGCGGCAGAACAAGCUCACCUACACCAUGCGGGGCCACGCCGACUCAGUGACGGGCCUGAGCCUCAGCUCUGAGGGCUCCUACCUGCUCUCCAACGCCAUGGACAACACAGUUCGGAUCUGGGAUGUGAGGCCCUUCGCCCCCAAGGAGAGAUGUGUGAAGAUUUUCCAGGGAAAUGUCCAUAAUUUUGAAAAGAACCUUCUGAGGUGCUCCUGGUCCCCAGAUGGCAGUAAAAUUGCAGGGGGGUCUGCUGAUAGGUUUGUGUACGUGUGGGACACCACCUCCAGGAGGAUCCUGUACAAGCUGCCCGGCCACGCUGGCUCUGUCAACGAGCUGGCCUUCCACCCCGAGGAACCCAUCAUUCUCUCCGCAUCCAGUGACAAAAGGCUCUACAUGGGGGAGAUCCAGUGAAGCCCAUGAGGAGCUGGGGGGAUCCUGGGAUCCAGGAGCCCUCGGGAUCCUGGGUUUGCAGGAGCUGCAUGGAUUCACCUCCCAGUGGAGCAGGUGACAGCAGCUCGGUGUGAGAGCCCACCCUGGUGCAGGCUGUCCCCUCCACAUCUCACUGUGCAGCUUUUUCAACCUCCCUUUUCUUUGGGGAGGCAGAAAACUUGGAAUUGAAAGGAAUUUUGUUUUGGCUGUGCCACUGACAAUGAAACACUUCUCCAGAUCCCUUGAAAUUGAGAACUUUUGUUUCAGUUCCACACGUGGCCUGUAUAUUCCCUGUCCUGUUUCCUUUGGAUUUUUUUGAUACAGUUAAAACUGCAAUAAAUGGCUUUUUACACA